CUGAAUAGUGCAAAUAUACUGGCUCUAGCAUGUGAACGUGUGUGUAGAUUUUUUGCACACGUAUGUACACACAGAGAAGAUCGGACUGUGGUGGUGCCAUGUCGUCUUUUGGAAAGCUUACAGAGUACUUCAGCCUAAGGAAGUCAAGGAAUGAAUUCCGAUCAGAUCGACGGAGUAACAGGAGGAGUGGCAGCUACUGCUGUAGUAUCACCGAAUGCAGGUCAUUAGACAGAAAGCCACAGAGACCUGUUUUAGGAAAGUCACGGACACUUCCAAGCAUUCCUCAAUCCCCUGUCAUAAGCCGGAUUCCUCUUCUAGAUUCAAAACUGUACAGGAAAGAUAUGCCAGAACAGAAACAAUAUAGGAAUCACUCUGCCCCUGAUUGUCAGAAAGGGUGCACAGUGCCCUCUACUGGAGAGGCAUGGCAGCUGGAAGAUGACUGCACUGAACCUGUGAGGGAUCCUGCCCUUCAGCCAAGGCUAUGCACUGCAAUGGAUGAGGCGCCUUUCCGGUCCUUCAGAGCUCGGUCUUUCUAUAUGAGGAAAAGUCUUUCGGUGGACAAUCACCUGAGUUCGCUCAGCUAUUCUAUCCACCCCACAGAAACAAAGACAGAACGGGUCAAAACCAAACUUCGGAGGCAGUUUAGCCUUGGAUCAGCAGACAAGAAGGACUUGUACCCAUCAAAGUCUGAGAGCAGCCUCUCUAAGUUCACACACCGGUUAUCAGUUAAGCAGAAGCAGGAGAAGAGGAGGAAAGCUGAGUAUGGCUUGGCUGAGCUGCCUGCCUUCCGUCCCAGGUCUCUGAGCAUUGAAUGGUCUUCCUCACCUAAAAUGACACAGCAAAUGAGAGACCUGCAGCUGGCCCAGUCUAGGAAGCAGCCGGGACCCUCUUCUCCAAAUGCUGCCAAGAGGCUGUACCGGAACCUCUCUGGCAAAUUCCGGGUGAACUACAUGUCAUUUGACGAAGGGAGCUUAGCAGGGAGAAGCGAAAAGGAGAAGCUGCGCAAGUCCUACCUUUUUCAAGGCAAUGCUGCUCUGUUUGAGGCUGUUGAGCUGCAGGAUCUUGAUAAGGUGCAGGAGCUGCUCAAGCAGUACAGCCUGGAGGAGCUGGAUCUUAACACCCCAAACAGCGAGGGUCUUCUGCCACUGGAUAUUGCCAUCAUGACCAACAAUUCACCCAUCGCCAAGACACUGCUGCUGGCUGGAGCCAAGGAAAGCCCUCACUUUGUGAGCCUGGAGAGUCGGUCUUUGCACCUGUCAACACUGGUCCGGGAAGCAGAGCAGCGCGUCAACGAUCUUACUGCUCAAGUGGCGAAUGAGGUGCCCAACGCAGACUGCUCAGAAAAAGAGAAACAGCUGAAAGCCUGGGAGUGGCGCUAUCGGCUUUACAAGCGCAUGAAUGCUGGAUUUGAGCAUGCUCGGGUUCCAGAUCCACCCAUGAAUGUUCACCUUUCAGUGGCCAGCAGCACUUCUGUGGAAGUUUCCUUCCAAGAACCUCUAAGCGUGAAUUCGGCUGUGGUCACCAAAUACAAAGUCGAGUGGAGCUGCUCCCCCACCUUUUCCCCACCACUGGGCGAAGUGGUGAUCGACAAGCUGAAAAACCUACAUCUCACCAUCCACGGCCUCAUCUCGGGUACAGCUUACUAUGUCCAAGUAUUUGCCUACAACAUGAAGGGCUGGGGACCUCCGCAAACUUCAGUACCACCCUUUGCUAUCCCCUCAAACUGGAGAGAAUAUGAUGGGCGUGCACCACGGCGAAGAGGUCAAGCUGAAGCUUUGGACCUCCUCCUCAACCAGGUGAAGACGGUGCACCAGCACUGUGUGUGUCAUGAAUCCUGUAAGAAUCAGCCACAGAGCAGAAAGCACUCUGUUUCCAAGAGCCUAAAGUAUCUCUUUCACCCUGGCAGCAAAUUUUUAAAGACACUGAAAAGGGGCCUAUAUCUAGCAUCAAUAUUCUACAAGGAUGACAACAUAUUGGUGACGCAUGAAGAUCAGAUCCCUGUGGUGGAGAUCGAUGACACCUACUCCUGCCUGCUCAUGCAGGACUUUCUCUGGUUCACCAAGGUGUCAUGCAUGUGGGAUGAAAUCUUGUGGCUGCGUCAGUGUGUCACUGUCUCCCAGUCGUCCUGUUCCUGUGUUCUGCAAACACGCCUCAAGAUGCUCCUGGCCAUCUCACAGAUGCAGGGUCUACUGGGAAUCCAGGACCUGGGACAGGUCUUUUUCGAACCCAUCAAAGACAAGCAGGGCAACAUUUUGGUUGUGACCCUAAAGGAGGUGAAGUCGAACCAGACCUUUGAAAGCGUCCGCUGGGUCCCUCUCUCAAAGCUGCAGACAAGCCGCAAGUCCAUCUCAUCUCCAGAAGAACCUACAGCUCUGGAUGUGCUGCUGAUGACCAUGCAGGACAAGCUGGCUUACCACCAGCGAAGCAGCCAGGCUCUUCCCCCUGGUCUGUAUUUGGGUUACCUGAAACUCUGCAGUGCCGUUGACCAGAUUCGAGUAUUGGUGCCUGAACAGUUACCCAACAUCUUAUGUCACAUGAAGAUACGGAGCAACCCAAACAUCUCCAGGGAGGAGUGGGAGUGGCUCCAGAACCUGGCUAGCAUGGAGGAGCCCAUUCCCACCGAGCAAGACUUAGAGACCACCCCAAAUCUCUUGCUUCAGGAGCUCCAAGGGGCAAUCAAAGAACUGAUGCAACUGGUCAACAUCCCACUGCAUGAGGCCAAAGAUUUCCGUCUGUACAGUCAGGAAGUUUUGGACUUUGGAGGACAGGUCUCCUUUCUCCUGCUUCUGCCUCCAUCUGAUGAUGUGUGCACUGCUCCUGGCCAGAACAAUCCUUACACACCGCGUUCUGGCUUUCUCACGCUCCCUCUUCAGAUCUUUGAGCUAGUUCAUUUUUUCACUUAUGACCAUGAGUUCAUCAGUCAGUAUUGCCAAGUGUCUGCACUCUUGGAGCUAGAGUCACUCCUCUCCCAACAGAGCCUCAGGGAGGCCUUCUCAGACUCAGAACUAACUACUGCCAAGCAGAGGCAUCAGCAAGUUCAGGACUAUAUGCAGCAAAUGGAGGAGAUUUGGCGGGAAAUGCGUUGGAUGAUGGAUGCCCUACAGCAUGCCCGGUAUAAGCAGCCAUCUUGCGGCAUCCCACUUUUGUGGUUCAUUGAGGAAUCCAGUGCUACACUGAAGGAGAAAACUCAGUCAACUUCUUCCCACAUGGACUUCCUUCCCUCACCUACCCCAUCUCCUGAAACAAGCCGCAAGCUCAACUCUGAUUCACAUGGAAUCUCAGAUGAGGAGGGUUCAUCGGAAGUAUUCUUAGCUACCGACAGUGACUAUGACUCCAGCAGGGCCCAGAGCCCCAGAGAGCUUGACCUCGUUUACUCUUCUUCAGGACCUGAAUGCUGUGGAAGAAGAAAUCCCCGCCCUUUCAGGGACAGUGCCCCUGAUGUCCUACAGAGUCAUGAGUUAAAGACGCCCCCAAUUCCUCCAGAGGAGCCCCGGCCUCCCCCAGAGCUCUACGAUAGUGACUUUGUGCUCCCUAGCCGGCAAAUAGAACUGCUGCGCAUCACAGAGAAGAGGCAGGCCUACUGUGUCCGCACCAGCAGCCUGGACUUCCCUAAACCUCUCUGUCAUGGGGCCAGGAAGUCUUGCCCUGGCUCAGUUGACAGCUCCCCGACAGAAAGCAGGACUGCAGGCCAUUGCAGCCCUGCAAGAUUUGGGACGGAGUCAACGUUCAGCCCCAAGCAUGGCUGGGCUGCGGAGAGCACUGAGCCUGUUUUUCGGACACGCUCCGUGGAGUGGACUCGCACUUUCCAGGAGACACCUGAGCCAGGACAUGUAGCAAACUGGGGCAAGGCACCAGGCUCCUUCACCUUACGCGUGUGCCCUCAGUAUGAAACAGGGCUCUCCGAGGAGACAACUGUCAAGCUGCAUAUCACCAACAAGAUGUCAGCAGAAGACGUGGUGAAGCUGGUGGUGCAGGAGAUGAACGAAGUCUCACGCGAUGUCUUGGGAAAUACAGAUGCUUUCUGCUACAGUGAAGAACAAUUGGGCCACUUUGGACUAGUGUUCGUGUCAGAUGAUGUUGAGCAGUGGCUUCCAAAUGACUUCCUGCCCCUCUCACUCCAAAAAGCUUGGCCUGAUGGGAGGUUCUAUGUCCGGAUCAAAGAGACUUCCCCUCUCUUGUUUCAAUAUGGACCAGCAACAACUGUAUGAGAGAAGGAGAGUGGAGGGGGGAAAGUAAGAAACAUCCAACUUCCAGUGAGCAGACAGCUCAUCACCAAUGCUUCCUUCUUGAAAAGACACUUUUGCGCCAGACACCACGGGCCGAAAUAGGAGCAUACUGGGCAGUGUGUUGCUUUUGUGUGUGUAUGCGUGUGUAUGUGCGUGUUUUAUUUUAACCAAAGAGAUAACAAGAUUUGGUUGUUAUGAUUACACGAAGUGAGGGUGGAGUCCAGGAGCUUUUAAUAUAAUGGAAUUAAAUUUUUGAAAGACACUUUCAGCAAGGAGAAGAGCUGGUUAUGGGUAAAGAAGCAAUACAUUAUUAUUAUUUUUCAUUUUGAGUGUUGAAGAAGGGAGAGAGGCAGGGAGGAAAAGCCCACCAUAAUUCCGACCAGAGUGGGCCAGGAGGGAGAAAUGGGCACAGGAAGCUCUCAAAAGUCAUGUCCUGUUAUCUGUUCUUGUUUCAUUGUACCUGGAGAAAUAGGAAAUUGCACAUAGUUCUUAGAACAAUCUUAUUUUCCUUUUCUGAAUUCCAACCUAGGUAUUGACAACACAAAAUAUUGCAAGAGAUGUUCAAACUGUGUAGAAAAUAAAAUCCUUUCUCU